AUGAGAGCGUUUCUGUUGGUAGCCCUGGCGGGGCUGUCGCUCGUCGCGGCGUUGCCGACGCACAGCCAGCCCGAGGAGUUGGACGAGGAGACCCUCCGUCAGUUUCGGGCCCGGAUAGAGGAAAUCCGGCAGAAGCUGAGGGCGUUAGAGGAGCUUGCCAAGCAAGUCCAACCAGAUGGACGCAUUGAAGAGGAUGCUAUUCUCACCACACCGGAACUAAUAUCAAAAUACGGUUAUCCUUCGGAAACGCACGAAAUCAUAACCGAGGACGGAUAUAUCCUCACUUUCCACCGUAUCCCAUACGGCAGGAACUCAGUGGCGAAGACCGCUAACCCCAAACCCCUGUACCUGCAACAUGGCCUCAUGUCGAGCUCUGACGAUUGGAUUAUCACCGGCCCAGAGAAGGGCUUCGGUUACAUUUUGGCCGAUGCUGGCUAUGACGUGUGGAUAGGAAACUCCAGAGGUAACAAAUGGUCCCGCAGACAUUUGACCCUAGACCCCAGUAAAAACAAAUUCUGGGACUUCAGCUGGCACGAGAUGGGCGUGUACGACCUGCCCGCGGCCAUCGACUACAUCCUGGAGGUGAGCGGGCAGGAGCAACUGCACUACGUGGGCCACUCCAUGGGCACCACCAUGUUCACCAUCCUGGGCGCCGAGCGGCCCGAGUACAACGCCAAGAUCCGCGCGGCCGCCCUCCUCGCGCCCGCCGUCCUCUUCGCGCACAAGAGCGACCCCAUCCUGGCCAAACUUCUGGGCGUUCACGACGUGUUCAAGCACCACGCCAUCUACACGUCGAUAGGAGACAACUUCUGCAAGGACGGCGACCCCACGCAGACGCUGUGCCUGGGGGCGGCGGAGCUCAUCGGCGUCAACCUCGAGCAGUUCAACGAGAGUACCCUUCCGGUGUUCCUCGGCCAUUUCCCUUCCGGGGCAGCUGCCAAGAACUAUCUUCACUACGGACAAAGCAUUCACACAGGCGAAUUUCGGCAAUAUGAUCGAGGUGUAGUGCAAAAUAUAAUCAAAUAUGGAAGAACGAAACCGCCAAAGUACAAUCUAUCCAAAGUGACUGCACCGGUCGCUGUGCACUACUCAACAAAUGAUGGAACAGUCAUGCCCGAGGAUGCUGUUGCCCUGGCAGAACGUUUGCCAAAUCUCAUCGACCUCAAUUUAGUGCCAAAUGAGAGGUUCAACCAUCUGGACUUCGUCAUCGCCAUCCAAGCCAAGGAACUCGUAUAUGAUCUCGUCAUCAGUCAACUAGAUCAGUACUAAUUCAUUUACUGUCAAAAAUA